ACAGAAAUAGAAACACAAGGCGAUAAUUAUUUUAAAUAGUUUCAUCAGAAGAUACUUUGACAUUAACCAUUUUAAAGAAUAAGCUUCUAUUUGCAUAUUAGCUACAUUAAACCGCCUCAUCUUCUCAAGCCAUUGUUUGAAAAUCCUGUCUUACGUCUUUGUUAUUGUUUCCUCCUCUGUAUGUACUCAGAGCUUGACAUAAAUAAAUCAAAGGCUUAUACCUUGGCAUCAAUAAUGGACAAAGCUUCAAUAUGCCACCGUUCAGAGUCUAUAAAUAUGUGUGCAUUUAUCUCAUUGGGCAAAGUAGCAAAUGUAAUGUUUCAUUGCUCCAUUAUUUUUAUUUAUCUAAGGCUUUGAGUAUUUAAAUUGUGAUUGUUAUCACAUCUAGUGGGUUCACUGACACGAAUUGUAAAUGUAAAUGACAAAAAACACCAUCUGAGUCUUUUAUCCUGAACUAUUUCACACGAUGUGUGACGUUUUCAGAGAACUCUGUCUUCCACUAUGUCCCUCGACUUCAAGCUGACAGUGAGAAGUCUCCAAUCUGCCUACAUGAUGUAGUGAGCACCCCCCCCCCCCCCCCCCCGCCAUGCCAGCCGCGUCAACCACAGAUCAAUCAUGUCACAUACAGUACAACAGUGUGCGCAGGUUCUUCUUUCGUAGCUGCACGUGCGUAAGACAGAAACGCGACUCAAGCUGCAGCUCAUAAUCAGCCAACACAGCGAGCUGACGAGGUGCUUGAUGAUGAAAUUUCAUGCAAAAUGUAGAAAACCACAUCAGCAAAGGUCUGACGGUCGACGCCGAGGGAAUGACUCCGAGGGCCGCAGAAGAGCCACAACAGCUUUUUUGUUUGACAUGGAGCCGCGCGCGCCGCCAUGGAGCGGAACCACAGCGGCCUCGCCGGAGGCACGCAGCCGCCGGCGCCGUGCGAGCACACGGACGGACGCGUGUACGAGGUCGCGCUGCAGAGCAACUCCACCGCUCGCGGCUCCCCGUUCGCGGAUGUGGCCCUGCUGCAGGUGUUCAAGCCCCUCAUCAUCCCGUGCUACGUGCUGGUGGUGACGGUGGGCGUGUUCGGGAACUACCUGCUCCUCUACGUCAUCUGCAGGACGCGCAAGAUGCACAGCGUCACCAACCUGUUCAUCGGGAACCUGGCCUUCUCCGACAUGCUCAUGUGCGUGACGUGCGUCCCCUUCACCCUCGCCUACGCCUUCAACCCGCACGGCUGGGUCUUCGGCCGCUCCAUGUGCUACCUGGUGUUCCUCAUCCAGCCGGUCACCGUCUACGUUUCCGUCUUCACGCUCACUGCCAUCGCUGUGGACAGAUAUUAUGCAACAGUCCACCCCCUGAAGAAGCGGACCUCUGUGGCGACCUGUGCCUCCGUCCUCGCCGGCAUCUGGCUCGUGUCCUGCGCGCUGGUGGCGCCGGCCGUGACCCACACCUACCACGUGGAGUUCAAGGAGGAGGGUUUCACCAUCUGCGAGGAGUUCUGGCUGGGACAGGAGAGGCAGAGGCGCGCUUACGCGUACAGCACGCUGCUGGUCACGUACGUGCUGCCCCUGUCCGCCGUCUUCGGCUCGUACCUCUGCAUCACCGUCAAGCUGAGGAACUGCGUGGCCCCGGGCCACAGGACCCAGGACCAGGCGGGCGCGCAGCGCGCCCGGAAGAGGAAGGUGUUUCGCCUGGUCGCGCUCCUGGUCUCCGCCUUCGCAGCGUGCUGGCUCCCCAUCCACGUGUUCAACGUGCUGCGCGACAUCGACAUCCGCCUCAUCAACAAGCGCUACUUCCUACUCAUCCAGCUGCUGUGCCACCUGUGCGCCAUGAGCUCGUCCUGCUGCAACCCCUUCCUCUACGCCUGGCUGCACGACCGCUUCCGCGCCGAGCUGCGGAAGAUGUUCAAGUGUCGCCACCGCGUCGGAGCGCCCGCCAAUCACUGCGCCGCCGGCGUGGCCCUGUAAUUACGCACGGAGUCGGCUCCUUUGAUGGUACUUCCGUUUAGGAUGUGGAUUCAUCAACAAGCACAAACUCUGUUGCCAAAUAGAAAAAAAAGACAUUCUCCACAAAACUUCAUGGCCAUUAGUUAUUCUGUGCAUAACGAUAAUAUGACUAUGAAUACAAAACAAAGUGAAACGCUCUACAUCACUAAUGUAAAAGCAUUUACUUGCUAAUUUAAAUAUUUAAGAAGCGUUUACUCCUUGGAGAUAAUAAAUAAAACACAUUGUCUUCUAAUACCAAACAGGGCUGCGCUUCUGUGGGGAGGAAAUGAAAGCGUCAGCUCCCAUCACGUUUGGUAGCGAUCACUGCAGACGAAGCUGCUCCAGCCUCCGGUUGCUGGUGUCAGAGCUCAUCCUCAUGCACUGCUCCACCUUGGAGGCUUGAGAGGGAAAUUAGAUUCACGAAUUGGCUCCCGAGGGUUGGACUUUUUUUUCCUUUAACCUGUACUUGAUGAAUAUGCAGCAAGGUGUAUAAUUCAUCACAUUAUUCCUAUCAGCUUCGCUGUGAAUAGAUGAAACCCCUGUUGUGCCGUGGCCGGUGCUGUGUCCUCUUUAGUUUCCACCGCUUAUUAAAUUGACGUGGAUUCCAUCCAGACGUUGAAUGCCAACACAAUGUCCUGUACAGCGAACCGACGCUGCUUGCUUGUUCUCAGUCUAUUUCCUCUCCAUAAUUUAGUUUGCAUGGAGGCAUCUGUUUCCUUCCUGCAGGUGGACGGGAGAGAUUUAUCUUUGUAGCAGCGCGUGCUCAAACCAGCCCCGGUGUCACUGAAUGAUUAAACAUUUGCCAUCACUUUUGCUCUUUUCCCGUUCCCUGUAUGAAGGAACUGUCUGAACGGCCGUUGGUGCACAUAAUGUACUUGCAUCGCCACGAAGCUGUUUGUACUGUGCAGCGUACAUCUGUACACAUCCGUGAUUUGUGCUCACAUAAUGUGAUGUGAAUCAUGAAUAAAUGGUCACAGUUCCC